GGGUGGGAAUAGAUGGGGAGGAGGGUCAAGAUACAUCUGUAUGGUGCUUGAAGGUAAUAUUCCAACUCAUCUCCAUGAGUUAUGAAGAGGAAGUACAGUGUAGUGGAAAAAGCACUGUUGAAGCCACGUGACCUGAGUUCAAAUCUCAGCUCCUUGGGUGACAAUGGUAAAGCAGGUUUAUCUCUCUGGACCUUACUCUCCUCACCUAUAAUGUGAGGAGGUUGGAUUAGAUGAUUUCCAAAAGCCUUUUCCAACCUUAGUUUUUCUAAAACUCAUACUCUUCUGACCAUUUGAGCAAAUAAAUAACGUUUUUAGCAUCCCAAAUAUCCUUCAUCUGGAUUCUUCUUAGUUAUCUAUGCCUUCUUGCUAACAUGUGUCCAAUGACACACUUCUAAACUGUUAAUAUUGCUUUGAAGGUAAGCUCUCUUGUAUUCUGACAAGCAUCAUCAAGACUGUUUAAAUUAGAACACCUUACAGAAACUUAGAACUACAUGUAAAGAGAUUAGGGCAUCACGGUGUGUGCUAAUGCCCAAGUCACCACCUGGGUCUUUAGCACACUCUUGCCAGUUUAAAGACAGAGCUUUUAAACACAGUUUUUGGUGGUGUUUUUUUUAAACCAAGUGUUGACCAAGUUGGAAAACUGGGGAGAAAAAUUCCAAAGGCAACUCUGAUUAAAGGCUAUUUUACAUAUAGUUCAAUUUCUUUCCUCAAGAAAGCUCCCUUAUAAAGACUUUUGAAGGUCCAUCAGCUUUUUGCUCAUUGAACCAGAUUUUGCAACCUAUUUGCCAUCCUCAAUGAAAUAGUUAUCCAGAAGCCAGGGUCUGCUUCCCCUCCGAUGGUUUCUCCCCUGGUGAUGGAACAGGCAGCAUGGAGCCCGCCACUUGCCAGAGACUGAGCUUUUGCAUAGCCUGAAGCUGUGAAGGUGUGCCUGGGUAUGUUGAAGGGGCUUGUUUGUGUUCAUUUAUGAACCAGAAGCAGAUAGAGAGAGUCUUGGUGGCUGGCCAUGUGAAAGGGAAUGUGGAGUAGCCUUGGAUGUCUGUGUGUGUCUAACAUCUUCAUCUCCUGUUCCCAUGCUUCCUACUUGUCAUGUUCCAAGAUGUGAGAUGGUGAUGGGUUGGGCUCCAGUCUGUGUGCAGUUUCCCUGCCUGCCUGACAUGGUUUCCUCUCCCUCCCGUUUUCCAUUUUAUUUUCUCCCUCUUCCCAUUGACCACAUUUAUUGUUUAGUUUUACAAUGUUUCUGCCAUGAGGGCAGGGUGGGGGGAGUAUUCAGAAUUGGGGGACUCUGUCCAUACUAACCAAUCAGUAACUUUCUCUUUAAUAUUUUUUGCAGGUCUCCAGAGAGAGCCAAAUUCGUGCCCUUCAAUAAGUGUCGAGCACUUUGAAGAGCCUCCUUACCAAGGUCUUCCACUGGAACCAGAGUCUGACAGAGGACCAGGGGCCAAGUCUCAGAAUAAUUUAGAGUCUGACUACUUGGCAAGAGGUAGGCCUUCCAGCAACAGCUCCUUUCACAGCAGUGAAGAAGAAGGGACCGAUCUCGAGGGAGACAUGCUGGACUGCAGCGGCUCUCGGCCUCUCCUUAUGGACUCUGAAGAAGAGGAUGAAUCCUGUAAGACUCCGCAGGCAGGGUUGGUAGAAAAAGUUAAUAUCACUCAACCAGAAGUUUGCAAAGAAGAGACUACACUGACCCAUGGUGGGAAAGAGAAUCAGUUCCAAGGCUUUGCACAACUGACGGAAGAGGCUUCUGGCGAGCCUGAUGUUUUUGCCACUGCCCCUUUCAGGAGCGCAAGGCCCCACUACGAUAGCAUGGAUAUUUUCACCAAAGCCCCAUUUGUCACCAAAGGCCACAUGGCUCCUCAGGUGCCUGAGGACACAGAUGUAUUUCUGAGAGCUCCUUUCACCAAGAAGAAGAGCACGGAAGAGCUUAUGGUUGCUCAGGGGGCCACUAUGGACUUACCCACACAAUCUACUCUCCACAGUCAGAUGGGAGAUGGCACACCAGUAAUUAAUCCUCUGCUCUCACACCUUGAUAGGGGAAUACACCCUGCAGCACUCUCUCCCUUAGCUCAGUACCCCAUGGUGGGAUUUCUCCACCAACCUAAUCUCCCUCCCAAUUCUAUCCAGUCAGCAGAAAGCCUAGACAACCUCACUUCCAAGGGGACACUGGAUUCUGGAGGUCACCCUAUUGACAGAAAUAAAGGUCACCUGUCCCAGAAGGAAGCUGCCUCUAGCUCUGGGGCCAGCAAAUCAUUCCGUCCCCAGUCGCUGUCCAAAUAUUCCCGUCACUAUAGCCCUGAGAAUGAGCCAACUCUGGAAGCCCAACCCAUUGCUGCCUACAAAGUUGUUUCCCAAAGCAACAAGCAGUCAAUCUCUGGAUCUGUUUCUAUCACAUCCUUUUCCUCCAGGACUACGGAACUUCCCAGUGUUGAUCCUUUUGCUUUGGCACCCUUUCCUUCCAAAUCAAGCAAACAGAAACCUUAAAUACAUCUCCCAAUCCUUAAGCCCCUCACCCAAACACACAUACUCCUCCCAGCCAUUCCUUUCACACUACCCUCAGCUGCUCUCUUCUGAACCUUCUGACCUCUCCUCUCCCACCCCCACCAGAGCAGUAUUUCUCUUCUAAUACCCAAUCCCAACUGCAGGAAUGGGGCAGGAGGGGAGGGAAGAGAGGUAUCAAAUUCAAACAUUUUUAAGUUAUGCUCAAGAUUUCUUUAGCUUAUAUCGACUGCUGGGCUUCUUGGAGUCAUCUUUAUGUGGCUUUCCACAUGAAUUCUAUGUUAUUUCUAAGAAGAUUUUUAUUUCAUCCUUACUCCCAAUCUUGAAGAGGCCAGAUUAUGUAAGACCAAUUCUUGUUCAGUGUCAGGUCAAGUGAGGAUUCUGGAUAAGUCCCUCAGGACUAAUUUAAUGCUCUUGAAGGGUGUUUUGUGUUUUUUUAAGAAUAAGUUUCUGGGGGGGAAAACAACACCAGAUAGUUCUUUUCUUCCAAGAGGAAAUCUCAUCUUGCAGCUACUGAUUAUUCUCAUAAAACCAGCAAACUCCAGAUGGAACACUUCAGCUCAAUUAUAAAUUACUGUGUGCAUGCUGAGCUGUGUGCACACUGUAAACUGAGUAUGGGUGUGUGGAUGCGGGAUAUGCCUCCUAACCAUAUAGAUACAGAAAUGCAUGCUUGUGUGAUGUGUCUAUGCAUAUUUGUAACAAUAUCAAUGAAGUCUCCAUAUCAUGUUUUACAAACUGAUUUGAAUACUCAGAUCUGUAUUUUCUGAGACAACACUGCAUCUGAAGCAUGUGGUCUUCUUGCAAUACAGGAAACAUCUUCCAUCAGGUUAAUGCUAUCUUCACACUCCCCAGAUAGCCUUUCAUUAGCAUUUCCCUAUGGACCUAAUUCCACUUUGAAACACAGCUCUCUCUUUUUGACAACAGGAUUGAACCCAAGGGAAGGGAGAGAUGGUAAAGCCUUGGUGGAAGGGAUUCAUCAGGAUAAAUUUUUUUCCCUAUUAUUAUUUUCCACUGAUAAAAAUUAUUCAUCUAGUCAUGCAAUAUUCAUUCUAUUUCUGCAUUUUCCACCAUGGCACGCUAGGAAAGGAUAUUUUGUUAGGAUCCUGGUCAGAGUAUGAAAUCUUAAAAGUAGAAAGAUUAAAAACAUUAGGUUUGAAUAUAAUAUAGGAUCAAUAGGACAGUCAUAUUACUGAACUGAAAAAGAGUUUAACUUCAGGUAUUGGCCCAGCUUCUAUGCUGUCUGGUUAAAGAAAGGAUGGAUCAGAAACAUCCAUAUAUAUUUAUUAGGGCAAAGAAAGAACCCCUAAAUUAUCCAGUUCUUUUUUCUUUUCAUAAUGCAUUGAUUAAAGAAAGAAGCCAGUAAGUGACUAAUGUCUUCUGAAAAUGGCAAUCUUUAGAAAGAUCUCCCACAUCCCUACUUUGUUUUGGAUCCUUCAUUAUUAGUGCCUUAUAAUAAUAAUGAGGUCUUGGGAAGAAGAUCUCAGCUGACGAGUUCAGCUACAUGUAAAAGCACACUUCAUGGACAGGCUUCAAUGUGAACCCUUCCUAUGACCCCUAAUGAGAUUUAGGAAAUUCUCCAUUGGAUAGAAACCUUACUAAGCCAGAUUCUUCCUUUGAACAUUCUGGAAAAUUAAGACUAGGGCUUAGGCUGCUUUUCUCUAAAUAGUUAAGCAUGUUUAGUAUCAAAUUUGUCAGUUUUAUGGUAGCAAUACUUGUCUUUCAAAACUGUUUCUAUUUGGAACUUUACCUGUUUUAAAUGUCUAGUUCAGUGGUAAAUUGAAUAGUUAUGUAUUUAAUUAGGGCUAUUGGCAACAGCUUUCAAAGUGAUGUAUCUGUACUCAGAAUGCUAGGAAGAUAGAUAAAAUCUGAUGUUGGAUUUAAACUUAGAUAUAUCUGAAUCCAGACUCAGAGCCCUAUCCACUGUCCAGCUAAAAGUGAUGAAAACCAGGUAUCUCUCUGAUUAUGAAGCAGUCUAUGGCACAUAGUCACCCUGCUCAACUGUUGAAUAGUCCAAGUAUACUUGACCUUUAUACAUGGAAACUGUCUAGAACUUUUUUCAUGGUCACUGCUGAAUAGCCCUCAAAGCCAUGAGAAGAGAGAUUGGAUAUAUAGUGUCGUCCAGGAUGUACACCUUCUGCCUUCAUUGGACCAAACGAACACAUAUACACAAAUACAUAAAAGAAUCAUGGCAUCUUUAAAUUUCAAAGUUCAACUACUGGUCCAACCUCCCACAAAAUGGCAGGCUCCCUUGCCAGAUGGUUAUCUACACAAUUUUUUAAUUUUAUUUUUUAAGAGCAGGGCAAUGUAUUUUAAUGUCUGUGGUACCAAUUACUGCCAAGAAGCAUAGUUGGAGAGCAUUUGAUUUUCAAAAAGACAAAUUAAUAACUUGAUUAUUUUGAGUGAAAUUGAGUAAAUAUGGCUUAAACACAGGAGAAACAUGAUUGCUAGAUUAUCCAAGUAUAAAACUCCCUAAAAAGAGGCACAUUUAAGCUGGUCAUCUGUUAUAAAUACCUCAGUCUAAUGUGAUAGACCUAAAUGCCUAUAAAUUACUUUGUGGAUACAGUGAUCAUAUGUUUUUGUCUAAUAUAAAAAAGAAUUUAAAGGCGUGCAAAGUGGCCUCAUCAUUUUUUCCUAUUUAAUCCUUAGCAGAAGGCACAAUGAUCAUUACAUGUAGUAGGCAAAUUUAUAUUUUUAAACUGUAAUUUCUUGGGAUUUAUGUUACAUUCACUGCCAUUUUUCUGCCUUGUAUUUUUCAUAAAAUUGGUUCUUCUUAAUUUAGGGGAAGUUGGUAGGGUAGUAGAUAAAGCACUGAGCCUGCAUUCAGGUAUAUCUAAGUUUAAGUCCAGCCUCAGAUCUUACUAACUUUGAGAUCCUAACAAGGAUCUCUUGAUUUAACUCUUUACUCAACUGUAAAAUGGGAAAACAACCUCCCAGAGUUAUUGCGAGAAUCAAAUUUGAAAAGUACUUAAUACAGGAGCUGGCAUAUAGCUGGUGCUUAAUAAAUGCUCAUUCCCUCCCCUCUUUGAUCCAUUUCAUUUCAUUAGUUUCAGUAUUUAAAUGAGAUAAAUUAAAGUCAGAACACAAAAUUUCUAAGCAUAGAAAACCACAAUUCCUAAUUAAAAUUAAAGAAUAUUUGGAAAACAGGUACUGUGUGACAUGGGUAGUUUCUGCUUCUCUGGGCCUGUUUUUCCACCCAUAAAAUGAGAAUUAGAUGGAUUACACAAUCUGAAGUUCCUUUCAGCUCUAAGUGGUACAUUUGUUUACUGGACUACGUGAAGCUGGCAAUGAAGGUUGUGUCACUUGAAAAUAAUUUUCCCUCUAAAGCUUUCUAGGAUCAGUUAAGUCAGUGAGUUGGGUUUAUGGAUAAAUAGGAGGAUCCCUUAGAACUUUCUAAAUUGCCACCAAAUAAUGUAAAACAGAUUUCUACUUCUGUGCUAAAGAGUGAGGAGACCAAAUUUAGUUCACUAAUUUUUUUUUCUUAAUACAUGACAAGGGAUAUGCAGUAAUGUUUUUCAGUGAAAACGUAUGUUCUUUCCACACUGAGGCAGAAUAUAUUUAUACCCCUAUGUAAAGCCUUGAGCUACAACCUAUACUGAUUUAAAAGAGUAUGUUCAGUCACCAUCACCAAAGACUACUGAAUUACUGAGCUAAUUUCCUCCGUUUUUUUUUUAAAGAAAAAAACAAUCUCCUUUAUUCUUACAAAUCCAGGUGUGGUAUAGUAGAAAGAAUAUAACAUGCAAGGAACUGGGUUCAGGGCUGGGCAAAAUUAACUUGCCCUGUCUUGAUCUGUGUCUGCAACUGUAAAAUGAAAAUUUUGGACUAGAUGACCUCGAGAGUCCCUUCUAGCCAUGAAGGAAAGUUGACUAUGGAAAUAGAGACUGAAUAUUUUAUGCUAAAUUAGAAGGAGGCAAAAUGACAAUAUCCCCUAAACUAUCCCAUUAUUUUUAGGUUCCUGUUAUUCUGAUUUUGAAAAUUUCUCAUGUGUUGGUUCAGUCAAGUUCUUAGAGUAAGGUUAAAUAUUCAUAUUCAUGCAUCCUGGCAUUCUUUGUGGAGCCUAAGUAAGUAUAGGAGCUGGCAGUGGAGACUUUCCUAAAUUAAGUCUCUAGGAAGAGGUGUGUAUUGUUUGUUUUUUUGUUGGCUGACUCAAGUCAGGUUGUAUUUAACAAUUCAUCUCCACCCCACUGCUGACUGGACACUCACAUCUGCAUGGAAAAUAUAAGUAUUGUAACAGAUUUAUGUUUUAAAAAUAUUUCCCUAAAAUGAUGUGAGAAUUAUUAAAUACUAUUAAGAUAUUUAAUAAAAGUGAGAGGGGAAGGGUAAUGUGGAAAGCCCAUAUAUAUGAAUAAAUAUCAAAUAGGAAGUCUGAUUAUAGGAAAUUAAAAGCUGAAGUCCAGAACCAGCACCUUUAAUCUGUUAUUAAGGAUACUUAAUUACCUGAAAUAAUUUUUUAAAAUCAAUGCUAUACUUUCCUUUGACUGACUUAGUGGUGUCCCAGAUAAAACAUGUGAAAUAUGGGCAAUGGAUUUUAGGUCUAAUUGAUGACAUAAUAUGGAAAAUUAUGAAUGCUUGAGUUUUUGUGAAGCAGUCAACAUGAGAUCAGUCAGCUAAGUUUAUUCUAGCACGUUAUACCAAUAGUAUCCAAAUUUGCAUUAGCAAAAGUCAAAAUGUCACUGCAUUGCCUUAUCCAGCAAGGCGAAAAUAAUCCAUCUUAAAGUCUGUAACUACAUUUUAAGUUGUUAAUAGUUACUCUAUUAAUCAUCUACUUCCUAGAGCCAACCGGAAUGCCAGCAAACUCACAAUUGAAAGUAUUUUGAUUAAAUCUCUUAUCACAAAGAAGGAACUAUUUUUUAAAUAGGAUCUAGCUUGUAGCUGUUGGCUCAGAUGAUAAGUUAAUUUCAUUUUGUUUUAGGCAUACAUUCAGAAAUUUGGUGGGAUUAUAACUGGGGAAAUAUAAAAUGGUCUCUGGGUACAUUGUUUUUCUGUUUCAAAUUAAAUUUGCUCAGCAUGGAGAAAAAUAGGUCAUUUCCCUUUCUCCUACAUGCGCCCCAUCCCUAUCCUCUCCUUUAAAUCUUGGCACUACAGUGUCUAAUUCAGUCACAUUGUUCUUCCACUUAUUUGGUCUCCCACUUAGGAGUCCAGCAGAGCAAUUUUCUUGAUUCCCAGAAUGCAGUGCUUUUUAUUUCAUUUUACUUUGUUUCAUUCUCUUCCAUACAUCUGUCCAAUGACACUUGAAUUGCCCAAGUGACUAAAUUAUUCUGUUCUUUUUUCUUGCCAAGAACACAUUACAAAUGGUUUCAUUAGAUCCUUCUUGAACUUUCUCCUUACCUCCUGUGACAGUCUUAUCAUACUAGAAUUGUCCAAGCAAGAAAAUGCGAAACAAGGUCCCCUCCCCCAUUAUCAACAGAAAAGAUUUUGUGUAAGAUUUGCUUACAAGCUGUUCACCUUAUUUUUUAUGCUGUUCUUCUAUAAUCUCAGUGUCUCUCCUACUACUGCACCCCAUCCAUACUGUUUCCCAAGAUAAGUUUGUGUGAAUGCUCUGUGUGAGACUAGUUUGAGCUAGCUGAGGUAGCUUGAUCUAGCAUUCCCUCAACAUUCAGUGCUACUUGAACUUUAGUCAGAGUUCAUCCCACCUCCAUGUUCAUGGAUGCUUGAUGCUGGUUCAAGUUUUCGGUUUUGCAUUCUUUUGUUCUUGAAGUUCAGCCAGUCUCUGCUGCUCUGGUGCCCUGUUACAAAGGAACCCUAUGUACGGAGAACAAUUGUCUGUUCUUUAGGUGGCAAGGGUUAUUUUUUAAUUCCUUUUGAAAAUGAACUACAGAAGCAUUGUUUUGAUUUUUAUUGGUUAAACUGGACAUGAGAGAGGGGGUAUUUUGGCAAUGAAGCUUUUUAAAUCACUCCAGCCAGUUAUAUUCUCUGAGCAACACCAAAGACUCCUGUUUGAGGAGUGUGAAUGGGAGCAUAUAUAUGUUUGUUUCUCUCUCCGUGGUAUUAAUUCAUGGCCUACUUCCAUGUGCUCCCAAAGAAACCCAAAAGUUGACUGUAGAUUUUUGAUGUUGAGAAAAUUCUGUUCAUGCUUCUGACCUCUUUCCUGAAUUAGAAAUGAAAAUGUUGAGACAUCAUUCUGGUUAAUUAAAGGCCUGGGUAAAGAUGGCAUUGGCUAGCCUUGGUCCAGCUGGUUGGCAACAUUCUGCUGUGCAGGUGACAGUCAAGCUCAGACUGGGUCUUAGUCUUGUGAUGCUAGAGGGGCAGCACAAUAAUGCCCUCCUCCCCCAAGAGUUACAGCCGUGUGGACUGCAAGAAGCUGUUUCAAAAGAAGAAAGUUUCAGGCCAUUCACUUACUCUGGAGAUGGAAACCAGGUGACAAACCUUAGGGAUCAUUAGUGAAGAUGAAGGGUUGGGCUGGCUCUCUCUGUUGACUGUUUUCAGUUUCUCCGUCUUUUUUUGAGUAGACUGAAUGAGGAGCCAGACCUGGAUAUAAGAAGUACAGAGGUCCUCAAGCCUCAGAAAACAAUCUCAAGGGCUGUGAAUGAGUAGCCCAGAAGAUCGUGGAUGGAAAAGCCACUUUUCCAUUCUUAGUGAUUUGGGCAAUAAUUCUCAUUUACAGGCUUGUUGGCAUUAUGCCUUUGCACUCUUAGUGUGAUCUAUCUAUGUAUCUGAUAGUUUUUAUGAAGAAUUGUUAAGAGUGAGAAACUCUUGAAAAUGGACUUGAUUAAAAUAAAAUACUUUAUGCCUUG